AUGCACGACACCAUCCUUGAACAGAUGGGGAAGCGAUCAACCUCUACUGCCAGGACGAUCAUCAUCACAUCCCCGGGUACCUUCCACAGACAUCUCUUCACUAAGAAGUAUCACCCUAUAGUAUUCACAGACACCGAUGGUGACAUCGACAUAGGAGAUGAUCACGAUGACCCUGCCGACGAAGACAUGCUCAUUGUUGAGAACGGCAUAACAGUGAAGCCAUCAGAUGCCUCUGAAUGGAAGAAGAACAAAAAACGCGUUUACGAGCAGGACGUCGCGUCCUGA